AUGGCAAUUGGACAAUCAGACGCUGUGGACCAAGCGCCUAAAGAGUCCUUUCGCGGCAAGGCAACCUUCGGGUUUGAGCUCGAAUUCCUUGCUCUCUUCAAGGAAUUCGGCACCAAGACCCCCUGGGAGGGAGGAGACGGCACUCAAUGUACGCAGCCAAUCCUCGAAGAGCCCCCAGACAUAAACAAGACCGGGUCGGAUCACGAACUCCAUAUGAGGAGACUGCACCACUUCGGUGGCAUCAUUGCCCAGAAGCUGACCGAAGCCGGGAUGUAUGCAGAGUACCGCGAGAAGGGCCACCCAAGCGCCGACGAGGUGGAAGGCCAGCCGGCCGACGACGUCAAGCUAGGCCCCUUCCGGGGUUAUCGCUAUACGGCAUACGAAAACACGACAGUCAUCCCAGAGGAGACAAUGAUCUGGACAGAUCCUCUGGUCGACGGACGUCGUAUGUUGGUUCGACCAGCAGCACAGGAGGGUUAUUUCUGGCUCGGCUUCGAGGUAGUCAGCAAAGCCUACCUGUGGCAAGAAAGACAACGCGCCGAGGCGCAUCUCGAACGUACCUGCCGCGUUCUCCGUGCCAAUUAUAGGCUUAGCGUUAACACGGGGAUUACCUCCGUCAAGGACUCCAGCCGGUGCUCUGUCCACAUCUAUUGGGGGAUCCGCGGGCUGCCUCUGCCACUGCACAAUCUCAAGCGCCUGCUCACGCUGCUGUGGGUGGCAGAGGCGAAGCUUCUCGAUCUCCAUGCAACAUGGAAGCAGGAAGCUAUCAAGUACGCAGCGCCACUGCAGAAGCGCACAAACAUGGCAAUGGACAAGACAGACAUGCUACCAAGUUGGGUCGACGAGGAUGACGCCCACGCAGCGCCAUGGAGGGACGAAAUGGAGCGCAAUGUGCCGCCAUUCGUUUCACAGGCUCUUCACAACGGCAAAGCGAAGGUGCCAUGGCUCUGGCGCGCAGAGACAGUCGAGGACCUUGCCAAGCUCGUGGGUGAGAGCGACCGGUCGCGCAAGGCGGCCAUCGCUGUGACGGAGCAUUUGCCGCCGCAAUCAGAGUUUUGGGGAAAGGUUCGCAAGAGCCAGCUCAACACAGUCGAAUUCCGGCAUAUGCAAGGGUCGCUCGAGCCAGAGCUCGUCGCCGCUUGGAUUCACGUCACGGCAAGGAUCACCGAGGUGUGUGUCGAUUUCGACGCGGACGAGUUUCAUGACCUUUUAGGCAAAGUCGCGAACUGUGUGGACCACGGGGGGCCAACUGCUGUAUAUAAGCUCUUGGACGUCCUCGGUGUUCAGCGUGCAGUGAGCCAGGUCUUCGAGUCCCAUAAUCAGGACAAGCUGGACGAGGAAGCUAAACCAGAGAAGGCAAUGUUCUUGCACCCUAUGGAAGCUGCACACGCCAAACCAUCUUCACGGUCAAGUUGUGUAAUUGGGUGA